AUGCGUCGGUCGCCGGAGUCUCCCAGCGACGGCUUCGGUCGGAAACGCGAGAGAUUUCGCUGCUGGCCACCGGGCGAGCUGGGCGAAGUGAGUCAAUCGCCAAAUCGUCAGGCGCCGGGUGGUGUGGACAUUUUGCUCUUCGUGCUCAAGAAGGAGCGCAUCACUGCCGCGGAGCAGGAGACCUUGGCUUACGUCACUCAGCUCCUCUUCGGGCCCGAGUGCCUGCCGAACCUCUACAUGGUUGUCACCCACGCAGGACGCUUGGCGCGGGACGCUGAGUGCCGCGAGCAGUGGCUGCAGGAACAGGUGGCGCUGAGUGCCCACUUCGGGGCCAUGGUCGCGCAUUUGGGGGCGCAGCCGCUGUCGCGGCUGCUCUUCGUGGAUAACAUGGACCCGAAGGAGGCAGAAGAGGAGGAGCGGCAGCUGGUAGAGAAGCGGCGGCAUAGGGCGCUGCAGGACAUCUACGCCUUGCUGCGCAGACACCGUGCUCCUCCCUUCAGGCACAGCAUCAUGCGUCGGGCAGGGGAGCUUCAGGCCGCCCACCUGGAGUCCAUUCGGAAGGACCUGAAGGCCAGGAUCGAGGCCGAGCUUCGGAAGGAGCUGGACAAGGAUCGAGGAGACUUGGAGGCUGAAAGGCGGCGACUCCAGGAUGAGGUUGAGGACCAGAGACAAGAGCUCCGUGAGAAGGAAGAGGAGGUGCGGAGGCUCUUCGAACUAGAGUGGUCCCGGAUGCGCUCGGAGUUCGAGGAGCGCGCCAAGAGCCAAGCUCGGGAGGAUUUGGAGCACAUCGCCAAGGAUAUCGUGGAUCAAACCGAGACCAAGGUGACAAGGAAAGGCCGACGCUGCUGCCUGAUGUGAGCUUUUCCGCAAGAACUUCUCCGGCGAAGCCGGAGGAUUCAUUUGGUACAUCACCCCCACCCCCCAAUGAGUGC